UUUGCUGAGAUCAGGAUAAUGCCGUCGAUGUCAACAUUUCUAAAUUUCUUUUCCAUAAGAUAUCUUAAAGAUAACUUCGAGUCAACUUGAAGAGAUUACGUGCAUGGGCUACAAAGUGCAAUUUAAAGGGUGCAAGCUCGAAGACGUGACUGUAGAGAUAUUUGCGAAGUAUCGAUCGACCUGCAUCUUGAAGAGGAUGCUUCCUUCGGUCUUGUAGCGAAAUUCUUGUUGUAAUCACGUGAGAAGCAACGAUAGACGCAGCGAGGAGAAAAACGAGGAGAGAGACAUUUUCCAACGAGCGACAUCACGUCGCCGUCAUGGAAAAUCGAUUCGCCGCCACCGACCAUCCCGCCACAACCACCCGCCGCAGUGCAAUGACCUCCAAACCGGGAAGAUCCUAUAGCGUGAGGUCUCCGCGAAUCGGAGGUCCUCUUUCACAAUCGCUGGCUAUGAUCCCUCCAACCAUGCAUGGGCAUGAGUUCAAUCAACCCUUGUCGAGGGUGGUCAUGGUUCGUAAAACAGAUCAAAGGACAUUUAGUAAAGGAAGACGAGGUGGUGAACCACUUCUGGAAACUGUUACCAGAGAAACUGUCGAACUCUUUAAUGGUGGUCGAGCCGAAAGGAAGUAUACUUCCGAAACAAGGGAUAUCGUUACACCAAAGUCUAAUAGUAUGCCAUCACUCAACGUGCACGGAACAAAAAAGAAGGUGGUCGGUUUUGUCGAUCAAGUGUCGCCCGACAGGUCGAGGACAGAUUCAGUAAGAUCGAAGUCUCCGUUGACGGCAUCGCCAGCAUCGCCGGGUCCUUUGUCGAAUUCCUUGCAUGGUAGUUUUCAUGGCAGUCUAGGAAGUGAUGGCAUGUCUUGUAGCAGCGCUAGGUCUUCUUCAGCAUCUCCCGAUUCUGCGAGAUAUUCGUCCUCACAGAUAACAAAGAUUGACACACGUAAACCAUCUGUACGCAGAUCGGGACCUCCGAAGGAAUUUAUUAACGUCUGCCUCGAUACGCAUAAUUUCUACCGAUCGCGGCAUGGAGUACCGCCGUUACGACUCAGCAAGCAGCUGUGCAAGACAAGUCAAGACUGGGCUAAUAUAUUGGCCGCUAAAGGUAGAUUAGAACAUAGAGCGAAUAUUGACUAUGGAGAGAAUCUCUAUUGUAUGUGGAGCUCCAAUCCAAAGACAGUUGUCGGUGGCGAAGAACCAGUGAAUGAAUGGUAUGCUGAAGAAGCUCAGCAUCAAUAUGGAAAAGAGCCUACAACAUUGAAGACUGGUCACUUCACACAAGUGAUCUGGAGGGAUAGUACUGAAUUAGGGGUGGGAAUGGCUAGAAAUCGAAAUGGCGAAGUCUAUGUUGUGUGUAAUUACAAUCCUGCUGGGAAUUUCUUAGGCAGUUUCACGGAGAAUGUCCUUCCACCCGUGGAAGCAAGUCCUACGAAACGAAUUAAUUUUACCGACCUAAAACAACAUUAUAGAGACGAGCAAACGUGGCAGCAGGAAGCUUUACUGGUUCAUAAUGAGUAUCGAAGAAAGCAUCGUGUACCGGAUUUAAGAUUAAAUCCGGAAUUAACAGCAGCUGCCAAGGCCUGGGCAAACACGUUGCUAAACACAAAUAAACUUAUACCUCAAUCGUCGUCUCCGUACGGCGAAAAUAUUUAUUCAAUGCAGUGUUCUGAUCCUAAACUAAUCGUUUCCGCACGUGAAGUCAUUUCAAAGUGGUAUUCCGAGAAGAAAGAACAUAAAUUUGGUAUCGAACCAAAAGUUCUUAACACAUGCCAUUUUACGCAAAUUGUCUGGAAAAACACGACUGAAAUGGGUAUUGCAAUGGCUAAACGAGAUGGUUCUUGUGUUGUAGUGGCAUGUUACCAUCCGAGAGGUAAUAUAGUAGGACAGUUCACUGAAAAUGUACUGAAGCCUAUAAAAAGUAUCUGUUAACUAGAUUCACAUUUCUGUCGAUAAUGUAUUAAAACCUUGUAUUUAUGUAUUGUGCAGAUGAACGAUGUUAUGCAUAAUAUAUAUAUAUAUAAAAUGUAUAUAGGACACUUGUGCAUAAAUACCUAUAAUAAA